UUUAUGCCCCUGACCCCCGGACGUGGAAACGUUGCACUUCCGUUCCAAUCCCGCGGGCUCUUACAAAAAUGGCGCCGCUGGCGCCAGGGGGAAUCUGAGGCUGAGGAACUUGGGCCUGAGGGAGGGUGGAGACCGGGCAUCGGGCCUGGGAACUGGAACUGGAACUGGAACCGGGCCUGGGUCUGUGGGAAGGCGGGCGAUGGCCAGUGUGGAUCACAAGUCCCCGAACCUGCUGUUGCAGAGCCUGUGCUGCCGGAUCCUGGGCCGCAAUGAGGCUGAUGUGGCUCAACAAUUCCAGUAUGCUGUGAGAGUAAUUGGAAGUAAUUUUGCUCCCACUGUGGAAAGGGAUGAAUUUCUUGUAGCUGAAAAGAUCAAGAAAGAAAUGGUGAGGCAGAGGAGGGAGGCAGAUGCUGCUUUGUUUUCAGAACUUCACCGUAAACUGCAGUCACAGGGUAUAAUAAAAAACAGAUGGGCUGUACUCUACCUCCUUCUGAGCCUCACUGAGGAUCCACGUAAACCCCCAAGCAAGGUUGCUAAUUAUGCAGCAUUAUUUGCUCAAGCGUUGCCAAGAGAUGCUCAUUCUACCCCUUACUACUACUCAAGGCCCCAGAGUCUGCCGCUAACUUACGCUGACAGAGCUCCCUCUUCUCAGAGUGCUGGCAGCAUUGGAAGCAGUGGAGUUGGGAGCCUUAGUGUGUAUGGCUUAAAUGGACCAACACCAACUCCUCAGUCUUUAUUACCUGGACAAACAUACCAAUCAACAGGAACGGCAGAUACAGUGAGACAGCAGUUAGGAUCACGGUUUGCAUGGGCUUUGUCUGCUGCUCAACCUCCAUCAUUAUCUACCUCAAAGGGCCUUCCAAGCUCCAUCUCUCGUAAUAUGUCAAGAAUGAGGCGUGAAGGUGAACUCAGCUCAUCUACAGAAGUGACAGAGGCAACACUGGUCAGAGAUAUUCUAUAUGUUCUCCAAGGAAUUGAUGGCAAAUGUAUCAAAAUGUGUAAUUCUGAAAACUGCUAUAAAAUUGAUUCCAAGUUGGGGAUAUCGAAAUCUCUCAGGGAUACUGCAAGUAGAUUGGCAGAACUUGGAUGGCUUCACAACAAAAUAAGAAAGUACACAGACCAAAGAUGCUUGGACCGUGCCUUUGGUCUUGUGGGUCAGAGCUUUUGUGCAUCCUUGCAUCAGGAGUUGAAGGAAUAUUACAGGUUGCUGUCUGUCUUGCAUUCCCAGAUACAAUUGGAAGAUGACCAAGGUGUAAAUGUUGGACUGGAAAGUAGCCUGACAUUGCGUCGCCUACUGAUUUGGACUUAUGAUCCCAAGAUGAGACUCAAGACACUUGCAGCACUUGUCGAUCAUUGCCAAGGGAGGAAAGGUGGAGAAUUGGCAUCUGCAGUCCAUGCUUAUACUAAAACAGGAGAUCCAUACAUGAGAUCACUGGUGCAACACAUUCUUAGCCUUGUAUCGCAUCCCAUCCUGAACUUCCUCUCUCGCUGGAUUUAUGAUGGAGAGUUAGAGGAUACCUACCAUGAGUUUUUUGUAGCUUCGGAUCCGACAGUGAAGACUGACAGACUAUGGCAUGACAAAUAUACCCUGAGAAAGUCAAUGAUCCCUUCCUUCAUCACAAUGGAUAAAGCCAGAAAGGUACUUUUGAUUGGUAAAUCUAUCAAUUUUUUGCAUCAAGUGUGUCAGGACCGAACCCCGACAGCUAAAAUGAUGAUGGCUGUGACAAAAUCUGCAGUUUCACCAAAAGAUGCUGCUGAGCUAUUCACUGAUUUGGAAGGUGCUUUUCAAGAAAAAAUUGAUGCAGCUUAUCACGAGACCAGUAAAUACCUGCUGGAUGUUCUCAACCAGAAUUACCAUUUGUUGGAGCACAUUAAGGCUGUGCGGCGUUACCUGCUGUUAGGUCAAGGAGAUUUUGUCCGACACCUCAUGGACUUGCUGAAGCCAGAACUGGCGAGAUCAGCUUCGACAUUGUAUCAACAUAAUCUGACUGGAAUCCUUGAGACAGCUGUCAGAGCCACUAAUGCACAGUUUGAUAGUCCUGAGAUUCUCAAACGUCUGGAUGUUCGACUUCUGGAGAUAUCAGCUGGAGAUACAGGUUGGGAUGUCUUCAGUUUGGAUUAUCAUGUUGAUGGCCCAAUUGCAACAGUGUUUACUCGAGAAUGUAUGAGCCAUUAUUUAAGAGUGUUCAACUUUCUCUGGCGAGCAAAGCGAAUGGAAUACGUUCUCACUGACAUCUGGAAGGGGCAGAUGUGUAAUGCCAAAUUACUGAAGAGCAUACCAGAGUUGUCAGGGGUGCUCCACCAGUGUCAUAUCCUAGCUUCGGAAAUGGUACACUUUGUGCAUCAGAUGCAGUAUUACAUCACGUUCGAGGUAUUGGAAUGUUCCUGGGAUGAGCUGUGGAAUAAGAUGCAGCAGGCUCAGGACCUUGAUCACAUUACUGCUGCUCAUGAAGCUUUUCUCAACACGAUAAUCUCUCAGUGUCUGCUGGAUAGUAACUCUGAAGAACUGUUAACGCAGCUCCGAGCUCUGUUUGAUCGAAUCCUGGAGUUUCAGAGUGCUCAAGAUUCCAUGUAUCGCUCAGCUCUGGAGGAGCUGCAUCACCGGCUACGUUAUGCGGAGAGCAAGAAGGAGCGGCAGGCAGAGGGUAAGUGGGGAACAACAUCAGUUGAAGAAGAGGCAGAAAAUAAAAGGAUUCAUGAAUUCCAACAGUUAAUUCCAAAAAUGUGUUCCCAGAUACGUGUGUGCUCCCAUUUCUACCAGGACAUUGUUCAGCAAUUCCUGGUACUAUUGACAAAAAGUUCUGAUGAAAGUCUCCGUUUCCUUAACUUCAGGCUAGACUUCAACGAGCAUUACAAAGCGAGGGACCCUCGGCUGCGUGCCUCAUUGGGCAGCACUAGAGGGAAACGCAGCUCAGCAAUGUAAACUGUUGUCCAGAGACAUUUACAGCUAUUAUUACUAGGGCUACAGUAACAUUUGCCUUAGUGAUUUCUGCUCUUCCUGCCAUCCUGUGAAACCUAUGUUUGUAUUGGUUGCCAGUGAUGUAUUGCACCACGAGGAGGAGAGGCAGAUAUUAAUCAUCUGAUAAAGUAUUGAAUUCUUUGGGAGAAGUGAACUCCACAUAACAGUGUAAGUUAUUUAUAAUCCAUGAAUGUUUAGUUCCUGAAUUAAACUGAAGUUUGGCAUUUGGCUUUUUUUUUUUAGCUUCACAUGCAGCUUUGCUGAAAGUAUUUUACUGUGUGUACAGAAAGGGUAUCGUUCCCGGAACUAAACCUGCAUUUUAUUUUACAGAUGAUAAAAUGCUUUAAACUGCUAAACACAAAGUUUGUUCAGUAACCAAAAAAUGUCUUUUUUAAGGAGAAGCACUUCAUUCUUUUUCUGUAAUAUACAUUAUAGUGUCACAGUUGGCUUCAUUUUAAAAACUCAACAUAUGCAAUGAUUAAAACCCUCAGUUUUUACAUUGUGUAGAUAAUUUGUUUUAUUUGAUUUUUGAGUAAAUCUCCUGAUGCUUUUACAACACUUUUAAAAUGUGAAAUAAAUAAUUGUAAAUUG